AUUGCUCCUGUAAGUCGCUCUGGAUAAGAGCGUCUGCUAAAUGACUAAAAUGUAAAUGUAAAAAAUAAGAAAAACACAAGAAAGUAAGCUGCAGAUAGACCGUGGGUGAGGGUUGGCAGCCAUUGCCUAGCUGUUCUAAAGUCUCAGUGCCUGGAGUCUUUGGCUGUUCAAAAGUCUCAGCGCUUGGGGAUAGAAAAAGUCCUGGAGCCUGUUGGUCCGAUACCCAAUGCUCCGGUACCGCCUGCAGGAGAACAGUUCAUGGCUGGGGUGGCUGGAGUCUUUCGAAAUUUUUCGGCCCUUCCUCAGACAACGCCUGAUUUUCAGGGCAGCCGAGAAAACGGUAGUGGAGUACCAGGAGGAGAAUGAUCGGCUACGGAGACUGCUGCGGAUCACACCGGAGAUAAAACUAUAUAGAAUAGACUCCCUUCAGCUCUCUCUUGCUGUCUCUGAAGAGGAGGUUCCCUCUGAGCAGCAGCACUGUGAGCAGGAGUGGAGCCCCAGUCGGGGGCAGGAGGAUCCAGAGCGCACACAGAUUAAAGAGGAACAGGAGGAACUCCGGACAAGUCAGGAGGAAGAGCAGCUUCAAGGGCUCUUUGAUACCAAAGACUCCACAUUUACUCCUCCUUGUGUGAAAAGUGAAUGUGAUCAGGAGGACCCACUUCACAAUACCAUACUAGCUGAAUACCCAACUCUCAGUCGACUGAAAAUGUCUAAACUAGAGUCGUUUCGUGUGUUUUUAAAUGUGCAUUUAAAGGUGUCUGCCGCUGUGGAGAUUUUCAGGGCAUUUGAGAAAAUGGUAGCAGAGUACCUGGAGGAGAAUGAUCGUCUACGGAGACUGCUGCGGAUCACACCGGAGAUAAAAUUAUGUAGAAUAGACUCCCUGAAGCUCUCUCUCGCUGUCUCUGAAGAGGAGGUUCUCCCUGAGCAGCAGCACUGUGAGCAGGAGUGGAUCCCCAGUCUGCAGCAGAAGGACCCAGAGCCCACACAGAUUAAAAAGGAACAGGAGGAACUCGGGACCAGUCAGGAGAAAGAGCAGCUUCAAGUGCUCUUUGAUGCCAAAGACUCCAUAUUCCCUCCUCUCUGUGUGAAAAGUGAAAGUGAUCAGGAAGACCCACUUCAGUCCUUGACUCUUCCCCAAACUCAGACUGUGGAGAACAGAGAGAAUGACCCUAAACCAGUGGAUCUCACACCUUUUGUAACCGUAACUCACCUAAAGGGUCUCAACAUUCCCUGUGACCCUCCAGAUAAUCAAAACAAUGCCUCCAGCCACAGCUCAGCCGUAAGCAGUGACCCAGUAGGACUUGACAGCAGCCCACAAUUGCAUCCUAGCCCACCAUUGGAUCCAAACCCAUCAAUGGGGGAACAUUAUUCCGAAUUUAGCAACACGUCUAGAAAAACUCACCGCUGCCGUGACUGUGAUAAGUUUGCUCUGAAACCUGACUUGCAGAAUCAUUUGACUCUCGCCAAGAAGAGACUCAGCGAAUGUCGGUUCUGCAAAAAACGCUACAACUCCACUUGUGAACUGAAGACCCAUGUCCGACUCUGUCAAGGUGGAAAACCUUGCACCUGCCCUGUUUGUGGCAAGACCUUCAAACAUACAAAAUAUAUGUCCAGGCACAUGAGGAUUCACACUGGAGAGAAACCAUUUAGCUGUGUUGACUGCGGUAAAAGCGUCAGUCUCAAGAAACUCACAAAUGUGGAAAUUCUGGAGAUUUUUGUAAAUUCUGACAAUGAGUCUGAGUAUGAAACUGAGGAAUCAGAUUCUGACAGUGACAGUAAGGAGCUGCCACCAAACCUUAUGGGCAUUGAGAACCCUGAAUCUGAGGACCCCUUGCCCACCGACAAAGUCCCUGGUCCCUCUGAAGAUGCUGGUGGUGAUGGACGCAGACCAACUGUGGGUGAAGUACUGGAGGUCUGCGGUAGCUGGAAGGCCACCAGCCAUUUUUCCCCUCCUGGCCCUGCUGUUGGCUUUGAUGAGUCCCAGUCUGGAGUGAAAAGCCCCUUGCCAUCUCCCUCUGCGGCAGAGUGCUUCAAGCUGUUUCUGACAGAGAAGCUGUUGGGAGACAUAGUGGAGGAGACUAAUCGCUAUGCCUUGAAGCUACAGGAGAAGAGAGAGCCAGGAGUGAGGGGGAAGCUCGCUAAAUGGGUGACAACCACAAUUAGUGAAAUGUAUACCUUCCUGGUGACAGUCCUUCUCAUGGGAAUAGUGAAGAAGAACUCCCUAAGGGAAUACUGGAGCACGGAUCCUAUGUUUGCAACUCCAUUCUUUGCCACUCUCUUUUCCCAAGAUCGCUUCCUAGUCCUGCUGCGAUGCCUGCAUUUCGUCAACAAUGCUACUGCCAACCUAAAUGACCCCUUACACAAAAUAAGAAAUGUUCUUACCAGCCUGACAUCAGCAUUCGGUCAGGUCUUUGUGCCAUACAAGGACUUAAGCAUUGACGAGUACUUGAUGUUAUGGAAGGGUAGGCUAGCGUUCCGUCAAUACAUUCCCUCCAAAAGGCACAGGUUUGGGGUGAAGUUCUUUUUUUUGUGCGACGUGAAGACAGGAUUUGUCCAGGACAUUAUAGUCUACACAGGGUCCACCACUGACGUCAAACAUUAUGAGGGGCUUGGGGUGUCCGGGUCCGUGGUGAUGACUAUGCUGGCUCCUCAUCUCGGGAGGGGCCACACUUUGUAUGUAGACAAUUGGUACAGCAGCCCCACACUCUUCCAGCAUUUGCUCUCCAACAGCACAGGGGCCUGUGGCACAGUCCAAUCAAACAGGAAGGGGAUGCCGUCAUUCGGAAGCAGGAAGAUGCAGAGGGGGGAGGUGGAGUUCAAGGAGAACGGUCAACAGCUGGCAGUAAAGUGGCAUGACAAACGAGACAUCCAUGUCCUCUCCACUGUCCAUACAGCAACCAUGUCACACACAGGGAAGGUUGACCACCUUACGGGAGAGAGGAAGCUCAAACCAGACUGUGUGCAUGACUAUAACCGCAAAAUGGGGGCAGUAAAUAAGGCAGACAUGAUAAACCGCUUUGUGGCAUGUGCUUGGAAAACCACCAAGUGGUAUAAGAAGAUAUUUUUCCAUCUGAUCGACACUGCUGUCCUCAAUGGCCACAUAGUUCACCGCCAACUAACAGGUGAGGUGAUUACCUACCAAAAGUACAGAGAGAACCUCAUGAGAGAGCUGCUGGAAGAGCACCACACCCCUCGGCACCCAUCCACUGGGGGCCGUCCUGCUGCAGAUAAUCCUCUGCGCCUCACUGCACGGCAUUUUCCCUCCAAAGUCCCUCAAACUGCUGCUCAAGGCAGUCGCACACGGAGGCACUGCAAAGUCUGCCUGUCCAGCACCAUGAGAAGGAAGCAGAGGAAGUUGACAAAGUACAUGUGUGUACCUUGUGACAUACCCCUGUGUGUUGCGCCAUGCUUUGGGGAGUACCAUACGCUCAAGCACUAUUGAGCACAUCUGCAGCAAUUACUGACUGACUGACUUCACAGGUGACCUGCCAUGUGAUACAAUGUCUUUGUUCAACCGCUACUAUUGAAAUAUGGGUUAGGCAUAUUUGUAAUGAAAUGUCAGUUGUCAUUGUAUUUUCUUGCAGUUUUUUCCUCCAGUAAAACUGUAAAGAAGUGUACGUUCAAAGAGUAUGUUGCUAGAAUACAAAAGCUGGCCUCAAUCUUCGGAAAGAAAGAUAUCAGCAACUCCAGUUCCAGUUAUGUUGGCAAAUUACGUUCAAUAUUGUUUUUUAGUGUGUGUGGUUUCUGAAAGUAAAGAAUAAAGAGGAAUGAUUAGUAAUUAUAAUACAAUAUCAGGAUGUAGCAAUAAAACGAUAUUACAACGAAGUAACAUAACACUGCUAUAAGAAUAAUAAAUUGCAUUUACAACAUUA